UUGGAUGGGCCUGUGUGUUGAUGUUUCUGCAGGUAAUCUGGGCACUUGUGAGAUUCUUAGAUCAGAGUGGAUUUUCUCGUAUGAACAUUUCUCUGGAUCAGAAAGCCAUGGAGGCACCGGCAGAACAGGAAGGCAGAGAGGCACCAUCAGACCUGGAAGCCAGGGAGGCACCGGUGGAGCAGGAAACCAGGGAGACACCAGUGGAGCAGUAGGCCAGGGUAGAGCAGAAACCCAUGGCAGAACCGACGGAGCAGAACGCCAGGGCGGAGUAGGAACCCAGGGCGGAACUAGCGAAGCAGGAGGCCAGUGCGGAGUAGGAACCCAGGGCGGAAUCAGUGGGGCUGGAGGACAGGGCAGAACUGGCAGAGCAAGAGACCAGGGCAUAUCUGGCGGAACCAGAGUCCAGAGAGAAACUGGAAACCAUGGUGACGCUGGUGGAACUGUAACCUUGAUGGCACAGAUCGAGACUGCAAACAGGGCAGCAACCCAGGCUGAGAGGAAGACCAAGCUGGUGCGGCCAAUACAGGAACCAGAGAGGAACUGGAAAACCCACUGGCGCAGAUGGAGACAGAUUAGUGAGUUUAGGAUUGGCCGCCUUGGGCAAACAUAGAGUUCAAAGAGCUUGGGAUAGGCCAUCUUGGGCAGGGCAGAAACCUCAAAGAGCUCAGGAACGGCCAAUUUGGACGGGACAGAGAGACUUGGGAACUGAUUCAGACGUGGCAGCCAUCUUGUGAACCGAUUCCAAUGUGGCAGAUAUCUUGUGAAGUGAUUCAAACGUCAUUGCCAUCUUGGGAACCAAUUCAGACCAGCCAGCCAUUUUGGGAACAGGUUCCAAUGUGACAGCCAUCUUGGAAACUGGUUCGAACAUGGCAGCGGCCAUCUUGGGAAUUGGAUCGGACAUGGUGGCGGCCUUCUUGGGAACUGAUUCGGGCAUGGCUGCGACCAUCUUGGGAACUUGUUCGGCCAUGGUGAUGGUCAUCUUAAAUGACCAAAAGAGAGCACACGUCACUCCUCUCUUUUUCAGGUUACACUGGCUUCCUAUAGCAGCUCGCAUCAAUUUAAAGCUCUGCUCCUGGCCUUUAAAACCACCACUGGGUCAGCACCCCCUAACGUUCGCUUGCUUAUAGGCUAUUACCAAGCGACGGCUUGCGGUGUCAUCUUAAAAGGGAAAAAAACAUUAUUGCAUACCUUCUCUGGAGCUGUUCCACAACUGUGGAAAGAUCUGCCGGUCGCGACACGAUCUGCGGACGCUGUAGCUGUCUUCAACUUGUUAAAGCAAACCAGGCCCAAGAGCGUCCCAACGUGUUUUGUUCACAAACUGUUAAGUUUACAAUGUAUUAUAUUGAUGAAGGGUAUUAAUCUUGUCAUGCCAUAUAUCAUUACAAAGGUUGAAGGGUUUAUGUCAUUUCUAAGUGCUGUUUCAUGAAAUAAAUGCUCUAGCUAAAUUAAUAAUACAUUCUAUGCAAUGAGGUCAUACCUGAAUGUGUUCAUUCAUAAAAGGACUUUGCGCUCUUAUUAUGAAACGGUCAUUACUCCAGAUGACCCCGCACUGCUGAAAUCUCCAUGCCAAGCAUUCACAAUAUAACAUCCAUUUGCCGUUUUAGUCCACAAAUGUAUUACAUAUGAGAAAUAUUGAUAUUUCUCUGUUGUUUGCAUCGGAUUAUGUAUGAAAUAAUCGUCAAUCCAUAUUGUUUUUCAAAAAUUGCGCAUGCAGCGCAAUUCUACUAUGGAAAAGGCAUACAUGAUCAGGUCAGUAAGAGUAUCAUGUGUAAAAUAAGCCUACACAUAUUUCACAAACAUCUAAUAAGUUUAGUGUUUUACAGCCUUGAACUGAUGUUUUUAGGUCGUAUUCUCGUGCUCCUUUUGUCUGCAGUAACGUAGACUGCUUGUCUUUCUGAUCCACAUCCAAUUUGCAAACAUUGUUGUACCUAACAUUAUGCAAGUAUUCUGAAUGUAUAUUGUGAGGACAAAAGCUUAUUAUUAGUAAUAGACAGACAUCCAUGAAUGAAUGGUGACGCCAUUUACUUGUGAUAGAGAUACGUCACCGCCAUUAAUAUGAAUGUUUUCAUUUAUCACUUCACAACAAUUGCGUGACCUUAAGUCUGUAAAACACUUGAAAUUAACAUUGUUUUUU